AUGGGUUUUUUUUAUCAACCAUAUAAAAACGAAACACUGGUAAAAAAGUUUAUUUUCUACAAUGAUUUCAAUGUAUUUGGUAAAGAUUUACAUUUUAAUUUUACUAAUGGUGCUGAUCACAAUCCAGUGUUUCAAUUUGGUCUUUCAAACAUAGGGCAUCCUCAGAAAUUAAAUUUGAUUAACUGA